UUUCUGGCGGAUUUCCGGGGUUUUGGUGGGCUACAAGCAGUUUUUUCGCGCUAUAGUGGCGAUUUGAGGGAGAGAGUGGAAAAAGUGUGCGGCCCGGAGGUGAUAAAGGGGUUUUUGCAUGGGAUUUUGCCAUUUCGCAGUCCCUCGUAGUAAGAAUGGACCAGUCCGCUGUGAUAGUGGAGAUCAGCUGAACUAGCCGUUCGUACAAAUCAGUAGUAAUAAGAACCGGGUGAGCAGCAGUUCGUGGCCUAAGACAAUCCAUAAUGGCAGCAGCCACCAUCUAAAAUUCCAUUUCGUUGUGCCGCUUUCGUGAAAAUUUCCGCGUUUUUCUCCUAUUUUCCGUCCGUUAACGGUAUCGAAAAAUCUCUCAAAGUGGCGAAUCCAUCGGGAAACCGGAAAAAAGACAUGCUUAAAUUUCUCACGCACAAAUUAAAAACUCAGUCAAUCAACGAGGAAAUCCACAAUCAAAAGGGUGAUGAAGAUCAUGACUCCGGAACUGAAAGCGAUGAAGAUCUUGACCCCGGAGAUUUGCCUUCACCUGUCGUUUCGGACAGGAUGUGCAGCGUAUCCCCAGCGGACACCGGAUGCUCAAUGGAGAGUCCAGCGCCCGAUCCCCACGAUCCCCAUUCUUCCGAAGAAGAGCUCGAGGUCAUAAACAGCAACCCCCAAUGUGAAAGGGUGGCACCGCGACCUCUAAGGGCCGCUUCCGUGUGUUUGCCCGAAAAACGCAAGUGGUCUCAAAUUGGUGAUAGUCACAGGUACCGGCCAGAAAACGAAGAAAACAUGUCUCAGUUCAGCAACCUGAGCCCACCGUCUUCCUGUUCGCCUUACUUGAAGAGUUAUGGAGAAGACGGUCAUGUGAUAGAACAUUCCGGAUCGUCUGAUGAUGAGGUCCACCACCUUUUAGCAAGUAGGGCAACGCCAGUGAGAUUCCGAACCUCCCCACCUCUUGAGGCUGUGAAACCAGGCAGGAGGACUUUAGUGAAGAAAGAGAGUCCGCCUCCCAAAUUAGUACAUUAUGAAGUAUCGCCGAGGAAACGAUCCCGACAUGUGCGACACUCGCAUCUUCAAAGGCCCUACUUGGACUUUGAGAAAAUGCAGCAGUUAAAAGCACGAUCAGUAACAGCCUGGCGCCCAUCCGGCGAGCACACCGGCGAACUGUCGGUGUUCUGUUGGUGAAACGAGUUUACGGGGUUGGAGCCAGCCAAACCCCUCAAUUUGAAUCGACCGCUCAGCCUUCCAUCUCAAUGGCGCUCAAAUCCACGGGAACCCGAACAGAGCGCACCCGAAUUACACGCUUACAGCAGCAGAAGCUGUACCAUCACAUCGGCCGAUCAGGCGGAACCCGACCACAGAUGGCGCCUGAUGCAACAGCACUUUGCUGCGCAGAACACUGCCAGUUACUCUACGUCAGCUCCACUGUCUGCGCAGCUCGACGCAACGGAAAACGUGCAAAAGAGUGAACACAAUCCACUACUGUAAGCGUGACUGAAAACAUUUUGUGUACUGGUGGCGGCAAAACCUGCCAGGGAGUGUUACAAGCGUUUGUUUUGUCGAUCAUCGGAGGGUUAUUUUUGUUUUGUGAUAUAGAUACUUCUAAACCUACAAAAAUGGUGUGCGUAGUAUUUUUCUAGAUGCUUUUUUAAUUAACCCUUGGAUUUAACUUGCGGUGGCGUACACGAUCAACAGGCACAUUUUAAUUCUUUUGCUGGCACUCAAAAUGUGCCUUGUUCAUGAUGAUGAAUAACGCAAAAAGAUGGAAGUUCGCGGUCUGAUACCAGUCAAUUAAAUAGCUUUUUUUAAGUUCAAGCAGCUCAUAAAACCAAUUAAAACCGUGCGUCACCGUCCUGUAUAGUAAAGUACAAAAACAAUGCUAAAAAUGAAAAAAAUCUAUAAGAUCGCUCAUUUGGCCGCUUAUUUUGCGACUAACCCAAAAUAAACUGCCACGUGAAACCGAAAAAUGUCUAACACAGUUAUGUGUUGUAGAACUGAUACGUCUAGCUCGUAGAAUAUAAAAAAAACGACCAGGAAUGUUUUACUAUAACCGAAAACGAUAAAAUCAGGGCCAGGAGGUUUGGGAAGCCAAUCAGGGGCAAUUAGGGGUUGUCCGCAUCUACAGCGUGAAUCAAAUUUCCAAAUUCAAAAUCACCUCUUGUUUGGACCAGCAUCGUUUUACCCAGUAAGAGUAAUUUUAGAGAAACCCCGCAGAUUGUAAAUAGUGAACAUAAUGGUAGAAGUCGUCAGAAAAAAACUUGUUUGUGAUUGUUUAGUCUUUUUGAUAAAUACCCUACUUGUUAAGGACUCAAAGACUGGCGUUUUUUAUCGGUUCAACCUCCCCGGCUAUAUUUUAUCAAGGAGUUUUGUCAUUUGUGUUAAUUCUUCAUGACUGGUUUUCUACUUACUCAACAUUGAGGCUGCUUUUAUAAUUAUUUUCAAUGUGAUCGUUUGUCUCUCAAAGAGCUAAGCUAAUUUUUACUCAUCAGUCAUUUUAAACAGUGUAAAACAAAAACAUGUUUGUUAUUUUUAAAUUGCCGACGUUUUGCCAUUUAUUUAGUCCUGAAAAUUCAUGCUUUCAGUCGACUGCGUUUUUGUUUUAAAACUUCACAUUUCCUAAACUAUAGCAAGGAGCAACUUCAAAGCCACUUGAUUCUAAAUAUGCUGAAAAUGUCAAAAACAUUGACGAAAAUCUGGAUUUUUGCCAGCUUGAUAGAUUGUCAGUCAUAAAAUUAAAAUUUUCAGUCAACUACAUUUUCCAAUUUAAAGCAAAUAACCAUUCGCCAUCUGUAGAAAACAUUUGAAUCCAGAUAUGCUGAGACUCAGAAAAAUUGAACAAAAAAAUCCUGGUUUUUCUCAGCUCGAAUGUGAGCCAAAAAUUUGGUGAUGUGAGUCAACUGUGUUCUUGUCUGAAAAAGAUCGUAUCUUCCAAACAAAAGCAAGGAGCAAGUUGACAUUUACCAUCUACAGAAUACACUUGACUCUAAAAAUGGACUUUUUACUCUCCUUAAAAAUGCACGUGUAAGAAACUAAAGCAAAUAGGAAUUCCGAAUUUUUAUUAUCUUGAGGAACGUUUAAUUCUAAAGAUGCUGAAUGUUUUAUGAAAAAAUGUACAAAAUUCUGCGCUCUUUAAGAAUGGCAUCAUUUAAACAAAAGCAAGAAACAAGUUGCAAUUUUCAUCAUUUCUAGCAGACAUUUGGUUCUGAAGAUGCUAAAAGUUUCAUCAAAAUCGACAUGAAUCAUGAUUUUUGCAGGCCUGGUAAAAAUCCAUCUCAUAAUGGAUAUUUUGCCCCAACUUUGCCCUCUUCUUUAAAAAAUCGUAUCUCCCAAAUUAAGGGAAGGAGCUCCUUCAAAUUUUCACCAUCUUUACAAAGCACCUGACUCAAAACUUGCUGAAAGUGUCAUAAGAAUCGCCGAAAAUUUUUAUUUUUCCCAACUCGAUAAAAUUCUGUCAACUACUUUGUCUUUAAAAAAUCAGAUUUUCUCAAUGAAAGCAAAAAGCAAUGUGAAAUUUUUACAAUCUGUAGAAUACAUGUGGUUCUGUUUUUGUUCUCUCUGUUCUAGUUUUUGAGAAAUUGCCCAAAAUCUCGUUUUUUUUCAGAAAAUUGAUGUUUUUAGGCAACAGCGUUCGUGUUUUAUCAUUAAAAAAUCGCAUCUUCCAAACGAAUCCAAGGAAGAAGUUGAAAUUUUCGCCAGUAGAAAUUUAACAGGCACGUGUCUAAAGAUGGUGGACAUUUCAUCAACAUCGCCGAGAAUAUGGAUUUUUUGCAAAUUAAAGCAAAAAGCAAUUUUAUUUUAGACUCGCAGUCCUAAAUAAAUAAGGCAAAACGUUGGCAAUUAAAAAAAACUUCUGCUCUUACAUAAAAACAAGCUUGCAGAGAGACACACAAUGACUGGAUUUGAAAUAAAUAAAUGAAAAACUAAUAUCGAUAGUUAUGCGGACGAUAACACCCUAAUAUUUGUUGUACGAUUUUUUGUAUAAUCUGGUAGCGAGUUAGCUGUUACUGAUGGGAUGAAGUUGAAAUGAUCUCGAUAUCGAAGUAAAGUUUAAUUUUAAGUUUGUUGACACGUCGAGCCUCUAUUAUGUAUUUUCACAUUUUGUUAGAGGCCAGUCGCUAAUGUACAAAGUAAUAUAAAACCGAUUUCGCAUCAAUUCGGCAAAUUAAUGGCGAUUUUAACAGAUACAAAGUGGCUGAAACAGACACAUGUUGCGUCACGGUUACAUCAAUUGAAGAAAUCGUGGAAAAAAUGGGGUUUCAAUGUGGAGUAGUGGAUAGUAUUUUUCUUUAUCUUCAAAAAUUGCAAUAUUUUCAAGCGCUAGCCACUACUCGAUUGGUUGUUUUCAUUUGGCCACCCUGUAUAAGAAGAAAAGUGUCUAAAAGAACAGAAGAACGGUCUCUAUAAAUAGCGCUAAUACAUUUUUUUGUAAAUAAUAAUAUAAGGUACGUUUUCAGAUUGUUAAGAUCUUUAUUACCUUAAGUUCAAAACGGUUUUUCCCAUUGUCCAAAUACCAGAAAAUCAACCAUUAUCAUUGAAUCUAUUAAACAAUUCUAUUAUUCAAUAGCCAGACACUGUGUGCAAAUAAAAAAUGGGAAAAACAUCUUCUAGAAAUAGGAUUCAGUGAUAUAUUCGUUAAGUAUUUUUGGCACAUAUGGCGUGCGCUUUAUAAAUUUAAUUUAACAUUUGUGAUAUAAACAAGUAGUCAUAUAGAAAUCGGUGAUAUGAUCGCGAUGGCCCAUUGUUUUCUCUCAUUGUGAUAAAUUUUACCUUCUACGUAAUACCUAGGUCAUACACUGCUGCUUAACUACUGAUCAACUAACAAAAUGAAACUGAAUAUCUUGUGGACUUACCCGCCCAUCCAUCGAGUGAUUGUCGUUUUUUUUCUGUUUUGUUUUUCUCUGUAUAUAUAUUUACAUAUAUAUAUAAAUUUCUAUAUGCCUAAAGUUAUCGCACACAUAUUACUAUUAAGUUGCAAAAAUAUAUUAAUUUUAAUAACUUUAGUUUUUACAAUCACUAUUUGACUCAAUAAAAAUAUUUUAUAAUCUUUA